CAAAAAAAGGAAGGGGCAAAAGGGCAACCGGCUCGUGACUGUUUCCGCCCGUCGCGUGGACUCUUUAAUAAAAUCCCACCCCACAGAUCAUUUCCUUGACCGGACUACAAUAACCACGUGUCUCAUCCUUACCUCUCCUCAUCUCCCGCUUCUCUUUCCUCUCCUUCAAUCCAGGGUUUAUGUUCUCACCAAUGUCUGCCCUUCCAAAACCCUAAGAAAUUCUCCAACUUACCAGUCAGCAAGCAUUCACGUUAGUCUGAUGGAUGGAAUAAACACCACUGCAAGCAGUGGCGACGCCUCUACUAGCGGCGGUGGAGCACAAGCGACGCCGGUGCCGAUGGCGUCCCCGUCAAAUUCUCCGCCGCCAUUUCUGAGUAAGACUUACGACAUGGUAGACGACCCGGAGACCGACGCCGUGGUGUCUUGGAGUUCGACGAAUAAUAGUUUUGUGGUUUGGAAUCCGCCGGAGUUCGCUCGCGAUCUUUUGCCGAAGUAUUUUAAGCACAAUAACUUCUCCAGCUUUGUUAGGCAACUUAAUACAUACGGUUUUCGAAAGGUGGAUCCGGACCGUUGGGAAUUCGCCAAUGAAGGAUUUUUGAGGGGUCAGAAGCACUUGCUUAGGACUAUCAGUCGGCGAAAACCUGCCCAUGGACACACUAAUCAACAGCCACAACAAACUCGUGGACAGAACUCAACUGUUGGUGCUUGUGUUGAGGUUGGAAAAUUUGGGCUUGAGGAAGAGGUAGAGAGGCUUAAGAGGGACAAGAAUGUUCUUAUGCAAGAACUUGUUAAGUUGAGGCAGCAGCAACAGUCCACAGAUAGCCAGUUGCAAACCAUGGUGCAGCGACUUCAAGGGAUGGAGCAGCGUCAGCAACAGAUGAUGUCAUUCCUGGCAAAGGCUAUGCAGAGCCCGGGCUUCCUGGCUCAGUUUGUACAGCAGCAAAAUGAAAGCAACAGGCGCAUAACAGAAGCCAACAAAAAAAGAAGGCUCAAGCAGGAGGGUGUUUCUGAGAAUGAGGGUUCUAGUGCUCCUGAUGGACAGAUUGUGAAGUAUCAGCCUCAGAUGAACGAGGCAGCCAAAGCAAUGCUCAGGCAGGUCAUGAAAAUGGAUGCUCCUUCUAGGUUGGAAUCUUAUGACAACAAUCUUGAUGGCUUCCUGAUUGGCAAUGGUUCACCAUCAUCUAGUGCAAAAGACAGCAGAAGCUCUUCAAGCCGCAUGUCAGGAGUGACUCUUCAAGAGGUCCCAGCAGCUUCAGGGAUUUCCGGGCAUGGCCCCAUGGCUGCCAUAUCUGAAAUACAGUCUUCCCCACACAUUGCUAGCUCAGAAAAGGCUACAGCUUCUCAGUUUCCGGAAAGUAUACUGGUUGGAGGACAAGGAGCACCCUCCAUACCUAUUCCACAGGCAGAUAUAAUCAUGCCCCAGGUUUCACAAAAGCCAGAAAUGGUGCCAGAAAUUAUUGCUGAUAUUCCUGGUGAAGAUUACAUGGAACCAGAGACAAGCAGUGAUGUGUUCCUAGAUCCAGCUUCACUUGGAAUUAAUGAUACAAUACUCAUAGAUAUUGACAACAUCUCCCCUGAUCCUGAUAUCGAUGCUUUGCUUGAUAAUUCUAGCUUCUGGGAUGACCUUCUUGUGCAGAGUCCAGUGCCUGAUGAUAUUGAAUCAAGUUCUGUGGAGGGUAAAGCCAAUGGAAAUGAUGUACAUCAAAUUAUAAACGGGUGGGACAAAGCUCAGCAUAUGGAUCAGCUGACAGAACAAAUGGGACUUCUCUCAUCAGAUCGCAAGCAGCUUUAACCUCGCACGCCAAAUGUACCUUUCUUUCAAACCGUAAUAGUUAAACACCUAGAUAAACUUUUAACCUUGAUAAUCAGAUGGUCCUACUCCUUUGGCCAUUGGAACAACAAAUCGAUGCUUUUGGUUCCUGUUCCAGCAAUAGUUUUUAUUUUUGCACA